AUGUCCACAACAAAUUCUAGCCAAAUGCAUUCCCAGACCGAUCAUCAUCAUUCAAGCAACACUAAAACAUAUCGCAAUCCAUCCCUUACCGUAGAUGCCAUUGUUCCCGUACGUGUUCAUCAAUCGCAUAACAUUGAUGAUGAAGGCUCGUUUCAUAUUUGUCUCAUCACCAGAGCAAGAGAUCCUUUCAAAUCAUGUUUAGCUUUCCCUGGUGGUUUUGUAGACUAUGGUGAGGAUCCCGAGAUUGCAGUAUUACGAGAAUUGGAAGAAGAAACACAUUUGAAAGUUUCUGAAAGCAAGACGCUCGAGGAGGGUAGAAAGAAUCUUCAACUGAUCACAGUUGCAGGUAAUCCACAACGAGAUCCUCGUCGUCACACAGUCUCAGUUGUUUAUGCAGUAAAACUGGAAGGUCCAUAUGCAUUACGUAAUUUGAAAGCUGACGACGAUGCCGAAUCAGUAAGCUUUUAUCCUUUGAGUUCUCUUGUCAAAGGUGUUGAAUAUCAAUUGGCUUUUGAUCAUCAAAUGAUUUUGGAAAAGUUUGCAAAAUGGUUUAAUGACGUUGGAAAAGACCAGGAAUUUUAUUAUGAAAUGGAGGUGGACGAACAUUUAUAA